AGGGCAGAAAGAAGGAGGUGAUUGUUUGGGAGAAGGGAAGAUAUAAAGGAGGUGAAAGCAACAGAAGGAACAAGUGGACGGGAAGAAGUGGAGAAAGGAGCUCAUUCUCACUCAGAUUUGAAAAGCUUUGCAAUCAACAGAAAUAUGAUGGCUGCCAUCAGGGACCUUCCUUUCCCCCUGGCUAUCAUUUGCCUGGUUCUCAUCAGAGGUUACCGUCCCCUUCCUACAACAUCACAAGUGCCAGGCACGUAUCCCAUGAGUCCUGAAACACCACAUAUGAUUUCAACCUUUCCGUCACAUGAUUACCCCGACGAGGAAGUCACAGACACCCCUUUAACAGACAGCAGAGGGACUCCACAUGGAAAGAUUGCUGAGCAAUGCAACUACAAACCCUGCCUGGAGGAUCAGACCCCCUGCGCUGAACUGGCAGCCUCCACCGGCUGCUUGUGUCCAGGGUUACCUUUAUAUAAUGAGGCUCCGGAGUCCCCCACCCUGAUAUCGGUCACCUGGAAUGGGUCAGAGGUGGUAGUUCAGUGGUGUGCACCACAUUCACACAUCACAGCUUUUAAUGUGACAGUCGGUGGGGAACAGAGGCAGACGUUUGGGAAGAAUCGAAGGAAAGGUGGAGUGGGCGACAUCGAGCACAUGUCAGAGGUUUGUGUGGUUGCGGUGAACGAUGCUGGAACCAGUCAGGGGUCCUGUUUGAUGUACCAACCCAGGGACAGAAGUCUGACUCUGUUGGUGGGCCUCAUCGGGGGGGCUCUGGGCUUCCUGCUGCUCCUCUUGCUGGCCGUGCUGCUCUGGAGGCACAGGAGGCAAAGGAAACAGGAGGCCAACAUCUCUAUGCACAACACAACUGAGACACAGUGAACACAAAACCGAGCUAAGAGAAGACUCUGUCCCAUGAGACUCCUCAGCGUCACUGCAGUUAAUUAACUGUGUGGACUUCAGAAUAUCUGCACCAAACAGGAUAUCUUACAUUUAAAGAAAAGAGCAUCUUGUCACCUCACAUGGAUAAACGUGACAUUUGGAAAACCCUCUCAUUGGUGUGAUUUGAAAACCAGAUUAAAAGAGUAUUUAUUAAAUAUACGUUUUCUGAAAGAUGAAUCCAGAAAAAACCCUUUGGGGACAGGUUUAAAAUAUCCCUUUUUGUUUGACAGUUUGUGUUAAUGCAUUUAAGUGAAUAUUUGAGUAAUGUUUGUUAGCAGUUGCCGACAUGGUUAAACAUACUGUAUACAGUAAAGAGAAAAUGUGUUACGCUUUCUAUGUAACCCUCUGUGAGAGUUCUUUAAAGAGUGACUGAACGCUUUAUGUUUUAUGAGUUGAAAUUGAAUGAUGUGUUGUAUUAUGUGCUUUGUAGACCUUAAAUAUGUAAAGAGUUUGAUUUGAUAGAUUUCCUAAAACUAAUACAAGUUUUGAGAAACAUCACAUUUAAACUGAAACUACUGUAUGUGUAUGUUAAAUGUCUGGCUUUUCAGUUCAGUUAAACAUGUCCUGAGUUGCUAAAAUGGGUAGUUAUUUAACAGCUUUUGGAUGGGUGUUUUCUCCAUCUGUGUGUCAUUGUCGGAAGUGGUGUUGGCAUUCUGGAUGAGCUCAAGUGUUGCUGCUGUUUUUCCAGCUGUCACACAAUGGCCUUUUCAUCGGAUAUGGAUUUGUGAGGCUCGUAUCACUCCAGCUAAGACUUCCAGUCAUCCAGCACUGAACUGGAGGGUGGUGAAAAAGAGAAGAAAGUCCAACAUUUAAACCCCCUCGAGUUUAUCUCAUGUUUAAGCCUCCAUCUGCAUGUCUCGCAGCCAUGUUAUAAUUCCUUUUUGCUCUGGCUGCUGCCAUGGAGUUGUUCCACUGCUCCUGGCAUCUCUCUUUUUCUAACUGCACUGCACAAUUUACAUCCCGCAGAGCUGCACGGAAGUCAGCUAACAGUUGUACUUUGGAGACACGACAGAUUGUUCAUUUCAGCCGCUGAAAUGGGCUCAAGAUGCUGCUUUUAUGACACAUAUUCGGCCUAAGAGUGCAGUCGCUGUCAUACUGGGAGGGAAAUCUGGACACAAACGGGCCAAUUUCAGAGGAAAUGCAGACACAUGGGUGGAGAAUUUCACGUGGUAGCAGCCUGUUUUGAACAAAAUGUAAUGAACUUAAACCUCAGCAGAAUAGGUGUUUCUGCUGGUACGAGAACAGCACAACAUGUACUUGUGUAUUUAGUUUGAAAGUGGUUUGUCUUUUUCUUUUUUAAAUAAAUUAUUUUUUAAGAAACUUAA